AUGUAUACCAAAGUCUUCCUGUUGGCAGGCCUGCCAGCCGCCUUCGCGGCAGAGUAUUACGUCUCUCCAAGCGGCUCCGGGACCGGCACCCUCGCCAGCCCCUUCGGCGACAUCCAAGAAGCCGUCACCGCAGCAGCGGCAGGCGACACUAUCUACCUGCGUGCGGGUACCUACAAGCCCACGACCAAUAUCCAGAUCACCAAGAGCGGCACGGCCUCGGCGCCCAUUACGCUGACAGCGUACGGCUCGGAGAAGGUCAUCAUCGACGGCGAGGCGUUGCCCUACACGCCGGCGGACCUGGACGCCUCCGUGCCGGACGGCAGCCGGGGCGUGCUGCACAUCGCCGAGGCCAACUACUGGAAGUUCUACAAGCUCGAGAUCAUCAACGGACCGUAUGGAGUCUACUCGCGCGACUCGGGCCACAACUACUACGAGCUCAUUAGCACGCACGACAACUACGAGUCCGGGUUCCAGAUCCAGGGCGCUGCCGAAUACAACGAGGUCGUGUACCUGGACUCGUACCGUAACCGCGACCCGCGGAAGAACGGCGAGAGUGCUGAUGGGUUUGCGCUUAAGGAGGGUACGGGUGAGGGGAACAUCAUCCGGAAUGCCAGACUUUGGGAUAAUGUGGACGAUGGGUUAGAUCUUUGGGAGUUCAAGUCCAAGGUGACUAUCGUGGACACCAUAUCCUGGGCCAAUGGAUUCAAUCGAUGGGGUUUCUCCGACUUCCAAGGUGAUGGUAAUGGGUUUAAGCUCGGUGGCGGCGAUGCCGGGGAUAUUGGCCCGGCGAACCACAACAUUACCAACUGUAUCGCCUUCGGAAAUGCCGCCAAGGGCUUCACGGACAACUCGCAAACCGGAUCCUUCACGUUCAGCCGCAACACCGCAUGGUCCAACACCGACGUUGGCUUCAACGUCAAGACAGCAAUCUCGACCCUAAAGGCCAACAUCGCGGCCGUCAACAAGAAGACGACCGCGCAGGCCAGCCAGGUGUCUCUGAGUGGACAGACCAGCAGUGGAAACAGCUGGGACUCCAGUACCGUGUGGACCAACAGCAGCUUCAAGAGUGUUGAUAUCAGCCUGGUGACAGGAGCGAGGGGAAGCAGCGGCAUAAUUGGCACGGGUAACUUCUUGUUGCCUACUUCGGGCUCCGCAAUUGGGGCUGCAGUUUAGUCGUCAUAAGCUGUCGUGAUUGAGAUUGGUGUAAUUAGCUGCCAGGCGCAGUGGGCUGUGACUUGCGAGAUGGACUUCGGGAUGAAGACUUCAAGCAAAGCGUACUAGUACCUACUCGACCUAUCUCGAGUAAUUCCGGUAUUUGUUUCGAAAAUAAUGCACAUGGACCGAAUGCCUGUCUUGAAGUCGAUUGAGUGACACGCCAGGCGACUCA